AUGGACCUCAUGAAGCUGAUGAUGAGCGACUACAAGGUGGAGAUGGUGAACGAUGGGAUGCAGGAGUUCUUUGUUGAAUUUCGUGGGCCUAACGAAAGCAUUUAUCAAGGAGGUGUGUGGAGAGUUAGAGUAGAGCUGCCAGAUGCGUAUCCUUACAAAUCCCCAUCGAUUGGUUUCAUCAAUAAGAUAUAUCACCCAAAUGUCGAUGAGAUAUCUGGUUCAGUCUGUUUAGAUGUCAUCAACCAGACAUGGAGCCCAAUGUUUGAUCUUGUCAAUGUGUUUGAGGUCUUCCUUCCACAACUUCUGUUAUAUCCUAAUCCUUCUGAUCCAUUAAAUGGAGAUGCAGCUGCGUUGAUGAUGCGUGAUCGCCCUGCUUAUGAACAAAAAGUGCAAGAGUACUGCAAAAAAUAUGCCAAACCAGAGGAUGCUGGUGUCAUCCCAGAAGACAAGUCCAGUGACGAAGAGCUGAGUGAAGAUGAAAAUGACUCGGGUGAUGAGGAGAUAAUGGGCAAACCAGACCCAUAG